CCUACGCCGUCCCUGGCGGCUAUGGUCGUCAACAAGUACAAGAUGAGGAGUGACAUUCGAAGCUUCAAUUUAGGCGGGAUGGGCUGCAGCGCGGGUCUGAUAUCCAUCGACCUCGCCGUGGCGCAGCUCCACGCUCACAAAAACUCGAUGGCCCUGGUCGUUACCACGGAGAUUGUAACGGAGCACUGGUACACCGGGAACAACCGGUCGAUGCUCCUCGCCAACUGCCUCUUCCGGAUGGGCGGCGCCGCGAUUCUCCUCUCAAACAAGCCAUCAGACUCUGGCCGCGCGAAAUACGAGCUUGUCCACGUCGUCCGGACCAAUCACGCUGCCAACGACGAGGCCUACCGCUGCGCCUACCAGGAAGAGGAUGGUGAGGGCAACAUCGGCGUUUCGCUCUCGAAAAAGCUGACAGCCAUCGCGGGCGCCGCCCUCAGGGAGAACAUAACCACCAUAGCUCCCCUGGUCCUCCCCCCGUCCGAACUCUUGAGAUGGGCACUAGGGUGCAUCAUGAAGAAGACCUACACGCCAGAUUUUCGAAAGGCCUUUGAGCAUUUCUGCAUACACGCCGGAGGGAGGGCGGUGAUCGAGGAGCUGUCGAAGAAGCUGAAACUUACGGAGGAGCAGGUGGAGCCGUCUAGGAUGACGCUACUGUUGGUCAACAAUGGGGGCUGCCACACUUGUUGA